CUCUCUCUCUCUCUCUCUCUCUCUCUCUCUCUCUCUCUCUCUCUCUCUCUCUCCGGGGUCCACAGCUUUGGAUUGGUUGCCCUCUCUCUCAUGGUUGGUGCCACUUCCCUUGCCUGGGCGAAACUAAUCCCACUAGCCGGUGUCAGGAGCUAUAUAUAACCACCUCCAUUGUAGCUUGCUUCCUUGUACCCCAUCACCGGCCGGCCUCGAUCAAUUCUGAUCCCUUUGCAUGCCUAGCUGCUGCCGCUGCUUGCUUUCUUCUCCGAUCCGAUCUGAUCCGAUCCUUCUCAAUGGUGGUCGACGUCUGAAGAAUCAUAUAUACAUCUGAUUAUAGUAGUACACCCGUGUUCCUUGCUCCUGCUAUAGAUAGAUUAUUAUCAUUAUAUUGGCCGUUGCAGCAGCUAGAUAGUAGCUACACACACUGCUAGCAGCUUGUGGCUUGUACUUUGAGCUAGUAGCAGUGAUCGAUCAUCGAUCAUGAGCAUCUCGGUGAACGGGCAGUCCGUGGUGCCGCCGGGGUUCCGGUUCCACCCCACGGAGGAGGAGCUGCUCACCUACUACCUCAAGAAGAAGGUGGCCUCGGAGCGCAUCGACCUCGACGUCAUCCGCGACGUCGACCUCAACAAGCUCGAGCCAUGGGACAUCCAAGAGAAGUGCCGCAUCGGGUCGGGCCCCCAGAACGACUGGUACUUCUUCAGCCACAAGGACAAGAAGUACCCGACGGGGACGCGCACGAACCGCGCCACGGCGGCGGGGUUCUGGAAGGCCACCGGCCGCGACAAGGCCAUCCACACCUCCGCCCGCCGCAUCGGCAUGCGCAAGACGCUCGUCUUCUACAAGGGCCGCGCCCCGCACGGCCAGAAGUCCGACUGGAUCAUGCACGAGUACCGCCUCGAGCUUGACGACGCCGCCCACCCCGCCACCGCCGCCGGCGACCCCUACUACCCCUCGCCGCCGCCGUCCGCCGCAAUCCGCGCCGGAGACCAGGCGGCGGCGCAGGAGCAGGAGGGGUGGGUCAUCUGCCGGGUGUUCAAGAAGAAGAACCUCCUGCACCACGGCCAGAGCAGCGGCGGCGGUGGCGCCACCGCGUCGGCGACAGACGGCGCCCACGCGGCGGCCUCCAAGAUGGCGGCGCCCAUGGAGGGCAGCCCGAGCAACUGCUCGUCGGUGACGGUCAGCGACCACGCCAAGGCGCCGCAGGUGCUCCACCACUCCGCCAGCGACGACGCGCUCGACCACAUCCUCCAGUACAUGGGCACCUGCAGGCUCUGCAGCAGCAGCAAGCACCACCAGGCCGACACCAAGCCCGCGCUGCUGGAUCACCACCACCUGGCCGCAACUACUACGGCGGCGGCGUGCCACGGCAGCAGCCUCUACGGGAGGUUCAUGAAACUCCCGCCCCUCGAGCACGCCGGCGGCGGCGGCGCCCUGCUCCCGAGCCCGGGCGAGUACGGCCCCGCCGACGCAUCGGGGAUCGCCGACUGGGACACGCUGGAUCGGCUGGCCGCGUCGUACGAGCUCAACGGCCUCUCCGACGCGUCCAAGACCAUGGCCGCCUUCUUCGACGAUCCCACCGGCACCGCCGGCGCCGCGGCCUUCUCCGCCGCCGCGCACGCGACCGUCGCCGGCGACGGCGACCUUUGGAGCCUCGCACGGUCGGUGUCGUCGUCGUUGCACGCGGACUUGAUGAACAACGUGUAGCCCAGACACGACACAGCAUACAUGCAUUGCCACCGCUAACUCCAUCUACACGCGUGCGUUGGCCGUCGUAUCGCACGCACGUGUGUACACAGUACACGUACCUACGUGAAUAAUCCCUAGGGAGACAGAGCCGGUUGCUGAUGAUGUCGUGUGUCCAAGGGAUGGAGCUCGAUCGAGAGGUGUGGUCAUCGACGAUCUGUGAGCUCAUAGAAAAAACAAGGAGAAACUAAAAGACAUCAACAGAAGGACAGAGUGGCAGAGCUAGGAGAACACAUGUAUUAUUAUCUAUCUAUCAUUUGUACCUAUAUAUAGCUUAAUUGCUACUAUUAUAAUUAAACUGCUUUUGGUUUUCUAGUGCAGUGAGGUGUGACAUCACUUCCUUUCUAGUGCUAGCUCGUGUGUGUUGGCGUGUUGCACUAUGUUAAUUAUAACUGUGUGGUCGUCAUCUUCUUCUUUUUUAAUUACAAAAUAAGAAUACUUUUUUCAGUGUGUUAA